UCGCAUUUCAGCUACACUGUUCUUUUUAACGACUUGCAUUUUAAUCCUACUUUAAGCUGAUGAGUAACCCUGCUGAAAUUCAGGUGAGUUGUUGGGAGGGACCUGGCUAUGUUUGCCGCCCCAGACCAGCGGGCGACGGUAGACUGGUCAUUCUCCCGGGAGUGUUGGGCACAUUUCAGUAGCGUGGAAGCUAAAACAAGAGGAGCUGUGUUUGUUGAAUUCCAUUAUCGCGUAGUCAAUUACCCCGGUGGUGCUCGCAGAGGAGGUCUCGCGGCGAUACCAAGUCGGGCGCAGCACACUGUCGGGGCUCAUCGAAUACUUCUCCAACAGGUAAGCAGCACAAGGGGUCCUAUGUCCACCGGCCAGGGUGUGCAGCCAGGAGGGUGCUUGGUUAUUGAUGUGGGAACACCAACCAUGUCGACCUGUAGGGCGCAAAUGGAGGAUGCGGUUGCAUCAGCGAUUGAAAAAGUACAGGUGCAGGGCAAGCACGGGGCCCGGAAUGGACCACACAACCAGCAGCGGAGAGGGUCGGCAUCGAUCAAUAUCGGGAGCGAGAUCGCGGGUCUGGGUCCGGCGCUACAGAGGGAGGUCGAUGACCUGGUCCGCAUGCACCUGCAUUUGGCAGAGCGUAUCAAUAACGAGGUAGUCCGGCCAUUGCAUGUAUUCCUGAACACGGAUGCGUGGAAGGUUGCGCUAGAGAUCGAGGGCAAGAUCCGGACGAUGGCAUCGGAGAUGCAGUCUCACCACGAGUCGAUUCCAAAGCUUUCGGCGCGCACAGUUUCAAAGUCAGCAAAGACCAGCCAGCAGGCAGCGCAGAAGCUCGAAGACGAGAAACGAUCACUGAUGCAGCUCCAGGACCAGUGGCAAUCGACGAUAUCGACAUUAGUGGAGGACUUUGAGACAGCGGAUGUGGCGCGCGUGGAGCUCAUCCGCGACGCCGUGUUCAAGUUCGAGCACUACCGGUCGGAGUUCCUGAAGAAGGGCCUGGGCGGGCGUUGCGUCCGCAGUGGAAGUCGCCACAAGCAUGACGACCAGCCCGCAAAUUGCCGCAGUGCUGAACAGCCCGCGCAACAUGGAGCCAGCAGAUGUGCAUAGCCCGCAGCCCGCAGAGCCGGUGACAUCAGCA